AUGAGUGAAUUUCAACAACAUCCUUUAAGUCCACCAAUUCCAUCACCUUCACCAAAGAAUGAUAAAUUUUUAUCGCAAGAUAUUGAUCCUCAAUUGAAUGAUUUUAAUGAUAACGAUAACGAGCAUAAAAAAGAUGAAAUAAAGGAAGAACCUUCACAAACUAAUCAAGAUGCCCAACCUGGAGUUGCGGUUCCAGGAGGUCCUUUACCUACUGUACCUGCUCCAACACCUCCUCAAGAACCUGACAUGAAUAAUUUACCAUCAGAUCCAAUUCCAAAACAUCAACAGAAAUUUGCUUUGAAUAUUAUUAAAAAUGUCAAAAGAUUAAAAGAUGCUUCACCAUUCUUGAAACCUGUUGAUAUUGUCAAAUUAAAUAUUCCAUUUUACUAUAAUUAUAUUCCAAGACCAAUGGAUUUAUCAACUAUUGAAAGGAAGUUGAAUUUGAAUGCUUAUAGUGAAAAAGAAGAAUUAAUUGAAGAUUUCAAUUUAAUGGUUGCAAAUUGUGUGAAGUUUAAUGGUGAUAAUUCUUCAAUCUCAAAAAUGGCUAAAAAUAUUCAAACCUAUUUUGAAAAACAUAUAAUGAAUUUCCCUCCUGAUGAUAUUUCUUUAUAUGAAACCGCUAAAAGAUCAUCCAAAUCUCCAUCCCAUGUUGAUUUACAAGAUCCAAAUUCAAUUGCUUCCUCAAGACCAAAAAGAGCCAGUCAUCCACCAAAAUCAAAAGAAUUACCUUACGAUAAUAGACCAAGGAAGAAGAAGUUUGCUGCUGAAUUAAGAUUUUGUAAUAAUCUUUUAAAAGAAUUAAUGAGUAAGAAACAUUUCAGUUAUAAUUUCCCAUUUUUGCAACCGGUUGAUCCUGUAGCUUUAAAUAUUCCAAAUUACCAUGAAAUUGUUACUCAACCAAUGGAUUUAUCAACAGUUCAAUCAAAAAUUUCCAAUAAUCAAUAUGAAAAUGGUGAUGAAUUUGCAGCCGAUGUGAAUUUGAUUUUUGAAAAUUGUUAUAAAUUCAACCCUGAAGGAACUGAUGUUAACAUGAUGGGUCAUAAAUUACAAGAUAUUUUCCAAAAGAAAUGGGUUAAUAGACCAAUUCCUAAAGAAGUUGAAGAUGAUAGUGAUUCAGAAUUUGAUUCAGAUUUAGAUAAUUCAGAUAUCGAUGAACAAAAUUUAAGUAACGUUCCAGCUAUCAAAUUCUUAGAAGAUCAAAUUAUCAGAAUGACUCAAGAUUUGAAGAAGUUAAAACAAGAUCAUUUAACUAAAUUGAAACAAGCUAGAGAAAAUAGAAGAGCUAAAUCUCAACAUAAGAAGAGAAGAAAGGGAUCUAUAAAGAAUGGUUCUAAACCUAAAAAGAUCAAAAUAGCACCAACAAUUCAUGUUACAUACGAAAUGAAAAAGAAAGUGUCUGAUACCGUACCAACCUUGAGUGACAAAAAAUUAAAUCAAUUCAUUGAAAUUGUCAAACAAAACCUUGAUGUCGUUCCUGAUGAUGAAGAAUUAGAGCUAGACAUGGACUCAAUGGAUGAUAAGACUAUUUGGAAAUUAUAUAAUUUCUUAUUCCCCAUUGAUGAAGGUUUUGAUAAAGUCAAGAAAUUAAAAGAUCAAUUAAGUUUAUUUGACAGUAAAGUGGAGAGUAGCGAUGAAGAUGAUUUGAGUAGUGAAAGUUCUGAAGAAGAAUAA